GUGCCGAUCGCCGUGGUGGGAGAACAGGGUUUUUCACCAUGCCGAAACUCCGGCACAAUCCCAUUCAUUCUACGUCUCAACCGCCGAGUAGGUAUCUUCACACACCUCGGACACACAUAAUUAAGACAGUGUUGUUGUCGGUUGUUUUUUUUUUUCGUUUGAUAUCUAACAACGUUCAGCUGUUGCUGAUGUUGAACAUAUUUAAUAUAACAUAAUAUAUUAUUAUAUUAUUUCGAAGUGUGUUUUUUUUUUUUUUUUUCUCUCGUGCAUUCGUGUUUUUUUUUUUUUCUGUGUGUGUUUUGACGCGUCGACCCGCCGAAAACCGCGUCCGUGCGAAGUUUUGUAGUGUCCGGCUUUUACAUUAACAUAAUUUACUUUUUUUUUUUUUUUUUUUUGGUUUAUAAGUGCGCAACAAUUUGUUUACCAAACCAAAAAAAAAAAAAAAAAAAAAUCGUUUUAAAAACUACGCCGCCAAAUAACCACCGCCAAACGGACAUCGACCUCCUCUGGUAUAAUUUUAUUUUUUAUUUUUCCAAUGUACGAACAAUACUCGUGUGAUCCCGAGGAUUCCGGUCUUAUCCCAUCCGGCGACACCCGUACCGUCCGCGUGCCGUAGGUCAUCGUGUGACCGGGUCACACGCACGCACACGCGAAAACCCGACCCAGUUCUCGCGCGCCUUUGACCGCCCCUCGGUCUUCGUCCUCGCCCGGAAAACGGCCGCUGGUAAUGCGCUUUUCGGACGGCCGGCCGCACGGUCUAUAAAUAGAAUUCCUCCUCCGGUCCGCGAAAUGUAGGCCGGCCCGUUUCGUAUUUCACGCAAACGAUUUUUUUUUUCCCCUCUUGGAUCCCGUCCAAUAUUUUUUCGCUCUACCGCAUAUACGUUAUUAUAUUAUUUUAUUAUUACCGUACGAUAUUAUUUAUUUAUACACGCGCACGUUAUAAAAUAAUAUCUUUUACACGCGGCCCGGCGGCACACUGCGCUACAUACGCGAGUCGGCAGGAAAUAUCCGGAACGCAUUCGCGCCGCAUACCGUCGUCGGUGUAUACGUAUCCCCGCGUGCUCCAACACGGUCGCCAUUUACAAACGGACGACAUUGCCGGGGUCCGAUUCGCGUCUAUAGUUUCGGUAUUAACGUUUCAUUAGAAACAUUAUAUUACCGUCGACCGACGUACAGGAACAGAAAAAAAUAAAAUAAAAUAAUAACAAUAACCUUUUAGAAUCCUUACACCAGUAAGUCAAUACAAUAUAUUAUUACGUCGACCGUACAUACGCGAUAUUUUAUUAUAUCGGAGAAUACACCGGGUAUUCGUUUCCGUUCGAUCUAUUUCGGUCCGCGUUUACGGUGCAGUCCUGCACUACCCGGGUCUGCGUUAUUUGGCUCCGGUUCCCGGCUUUCUUCUAAUAAUACCCGCAGCUCUCCAGGCACCUCAAAUAUGCAAUAAAACGCUUUUCGCCAUCGGCAAAAAAAAAAAAAAAAACAACCCGUCUUACCUAACCGUUCUCGUGCCUUUUACAUUUGUGUGUGUGUUAUUUUUAAUCCUUACGUGCGCAAUGCGUUUGCCACGCUAAUACCAUCCGAGUCCGCGGGUUUGCUGAAACUAUACGAGUGACCGUUGCAGUAUAUUAUUAUUAUAACACUCGAAACCGACGAACAACGAAAGCGGCAAACGGGUUGAUAAAUACAGUAGUUUAAAAGUUUUCCAAUUAUUGGAAUUUAUAUUUUUUAUAUUUCAAUUCAGUUACCUGUCUACUUACAUAGAGGGUGCCGAUCAAUUCGAUAUUAUAGUUAUUUUUUUUUUUUGUUUUCGUCAACGGGAUUUUAUACGUAUAGUGUCAGCAACACCUCACUCGCGUACAUUUAUUAUUUUUGUAUCGAGUAUACUAAAUAACACCGUGUGACCUUCGAUUGUUAUUAUUUUAUAGGUGUGUCGCAAACACCAUAAACAAAAGGGUGUGUGUGUGACGUGAAACCAAACGACCAGUUUUCGUGUAGAUUUUUUCGAGUUUUCUUUUAAACCACAAAAAUGCCGCGUGUAGUCAAACAAGAAGGUGAUGAUCCGGAUCCAACCCCGUACUUGUUCGUAUCGCUCGAACAAAAGCGUAUCGAUCAGACCAAACCUUACGACGCGAAGAAAGCUUGCUGGGUACCAGAUGAAGAACAAGGUUUCGUCCAGGGAGAAAUCCGUGGUACCAAAGGCGAUUUGGUAUCCGUCGCUCUACCCAGCGGAGAUGUAAGUCAUUAUAAUAUAAACAAUAUACUUAUUAGGCAGGUAUAAUGUUCCAAUAAGUAUAGGUACCUAAAUCGAUAAUAGUUUUCCGAAUACUGUACUUGAUAUUGUAUUUUGAAGUUUCAAUAUAGUCCCUUAAACUCUAAAUGUUUUAAUACGUAGCUAAUAAAGAUUUCUCUAAAGUUUCGCUGUGAUAAGUAAAAGAUAAAAGUUUGUUAUUCAUUUUUUUUUGGGUUACUUAUUUACGUUAGUUUGUUUUGAACAAACAUUAUAGUUUUUACAGUACCUAAUUUACGAAUCAAUAGCAAUAAAUUAGUGCUUACAUAUAUUAUUGAAUGAUAAAAAUAAUUAUUCCUUAUUCUUAAAAUUAUAUACCGAAUUAUACAGUUACCUGGGCUUACCAAUAUUGAUCUGCGGUUUUAAUUUGUAUUUCACUGUUUUUAUAUUUUUUCGUUCUAAAAUAUAUAAUCUUAAUAAAAUAAACACUUAAAUAUACGUGUAAAAACUAAUUUCCAAGGGAGUAGAUACUUACUACAUUGUAGAGUAAGAACGCGAGAACCGGAAGAGAAAUUUUAAGCGGGUAGUAUAAAAUUAGUUACAUUUCAAUGUUACACACUGUAUUUUGGAUCAAAUAGGAGAAAACAUUCAAAAAAGAUAUUGUGUGUCCGGUUAACCCACCGAAAUUUGAAAAAACUGAAGACAUGGCUGAUAUGACUUAUCUUAACGAUGCCAGUGUGUUGCACAAUUUGAGACAGCGAUACAAUUGCAAACUGAUUUACGUAAGUACCAAUUCCAAUUAUACUAAUAUGAAUUUUCUAUGGUAUAUCAGGUGAAAGAUUUCAAAAAAGACCAAGUGGGCCAAGUGAACCCACCGAAGUAUGAAAAAGCCGAGGAUAUGUCAAAUUUGACAUAUUUGAACGAUGCGUCUGUAUUGUAUAAUUUGAAAGAAAGAUAUUACCAUAAGCUCAUUUACGUAAGUGUUAGGGUGGCCAAUGAAGGAGGCUACGUGCACCGCGUUUUUGGAUUUUGAAACCUGUUUGGAAUACAUUCCUGUGUUAUAUGUCCAAGGUCGUAUCUAGGAAUUUUUUCGGGAAACAUUUGCCCAUAUUAUAUUUGAAUGGAAAUAGUUUAUUGGCGUUUAAGCCGAUCGAUUUAUUGUAAUUAUUUACGAAUUUUGGAGCUCAGACUCCUGCUGCCAUAGAUACGGCCUUGACCAUUCUAUCCGUUUCCUGAAAUAAUACCCUUCACAAACUUGAAUAUGUCUAAUUGAUUGUUUUUUUAAUGUUUAUUUUCAACUCAAAAAAUUCGAAUAAACAUAUUAAAGUAUAUUGUUUUAAUACCGUUAAUUAUGUUCGGUGAAUUUCUUAUAACCUUUGAAGCGGGAAGAAAAUAUUUUUUAUUUUACUUAUAGGGUUAUUUUCAAUUUGUAUUUAUUUAUUUAUUUUUCAUUAAUACUUUUAUUAUUUUAUACUUUUAUUAUUCAUUGAAUGUAAUCGUUUUUAGUGAUAAUCAAAUACAAAUUCGUAUUUUUAAUUAACAAAUUAAAAUAAUAAAACAAAUUUUCGAUUUCAUAGAAAUUCUGAAUAGAUUUUAUCCCGAUGAUUAAAUUAAUAUGACGUUUUAUAUUGACAAUACAAUAAAGUAUUAUGUUGAUGUUUAGUUUUUAAAAAUCUAAUUAUCCUUUGUGUGCGUUGCUUUGCUUAUACUGUCGAUCGUUAAUGGACAUCGUAUCGACAGUUCUAGGUGAACCCUGUUAAAGAAAACAACACCUAUGUAUUAGCUUCACAAAAUGUAGAACCUGACACCUGUUAUUUUUAUCAGUUUGUUGUAUUAUUACCUAUGUGUACAAACAAAUGUAUAGUAAAUUAUUGGUUUUUACCGUCAUUUGAUUAGAUUAGAUUUUUUUUUUUUUUGUAUACCUAUAUAUUGUUAUUAUAAUUAUACAAGAGACACAUUGUUUGACAUAAUACAUCCUAUUUUUUUUCUUUGAUAAAUACCUAAACAAAUUUUAAAAUUGUAUACAUCAACAACAAUAAUUGUAUGUUUUAAUAAUUAAACCCGAUCCAAUAUAAAUGUGUCUUUUGUGUUGAUUAUACUUUAUUAUAUUUGCGGUAUUAAUUGUUAAAAUAUUAUUAUGUUUAGACUUACUCCGGUUUGUUCUGUGUCGCUAUUAACCCUUACAAAAGAUUCCCCGUGUACACCAACCGUUGUGCUAAAUUGUACAGAGGUAAGAGGAGGAAUGAAGUACCACCUCACAUUUUCGCCAUUUCUGACGGCGCCUACGUUAACAUGCUUACAAGUGAGUAAAUACUUCCGUUAAAAUUUUAAACACUGACAAUUCAAAAAUGAAAUUAUAUUAUUUAUUAAAUAAAGAUAUAAUCAGUGUUUAUUUCGAAGGGGUAAUCGGGAGGGUGGGUAUCUUAUUCCUACAUCCAGCUCUGCUUUUGGCAUACCACAUUGGAAAUUUAUGAUCCCCUCCUUCCUGAUGAAGGUUCAAAAUAAACAUUGAGUAGUAAUAUUACAAGUGUAAGAAUUGGAAAUUUAAAAAUAUAAAAUUUUAAUUUAUUUUUAUUUUUAUUUUCAGACAAAGAAAAUCAAUCUAUGUUGAUUACGUAAGAUAAUAAUAAUUAUUUUUUUAUUAGAAACUUCUCGAGUUCACGAUGUGUUUAUGUAUUUGUAUAUUUUUUUUAUUAUAUGUAAUACAGUGGAGAAUCUGGAGCUGGAAAAACUGAAAACACGAAGAAGGUAAUUGCGUACUUUGCUACUGUCGGAGCUAGCACAAAGAAAGACGAAGAAGCUGACAAAGGCCUUAAGAAGAAGGUGAGUAUAAAAAUUAAACACGAAACCGACAAUUCGAUUUGUAUAACUAUUAUUUUAUAUUAUAAUUCAAUAGGGUUCCUUGGAAGAUCAAGUUGUACAAACUAACCCGGUAUUGGAAGCCUUUGGUAACGCUAAAACCGUCCGUAAUGACAACUCAUCUCGUUUCGUAAGUAAACCCUAUCAUUAUACCCAAUAGACGAAAACAUAAAUACAAUAGUAUUAUACGAGUACAUUUUAUGUUGCUUAGGGUAAAUUCAUCCGUAUUCAUUUCGGUCCCUCUGGAAAAUUGGCCGGAGCUGAUAUCGAAACUUGUAAGUACACUUCAUUAUAAUUUAUGACAUUAUGAUAAUAUUAUUAAACAUUAUUACAUAUUUAAUUCGAUCUAUUCGAUUCUAGUAAAACAGACAUGAAUUUGAACUUCUUAAAUAUUACAAUUUUUUUUUUUUUUAAUCAUUAUACAGAUCUAUUGGAAAAAGCUCGUGUCAUCUCUCAACAAACAUUGGAAAGAUCUUAUCACAUUUUCUACCAAAUCAUGUCUGGAUCGGUGAAAGGAGUAAAAGGUAUUUAUGUCAUAAAAUAACAAGAAAAAUAUUUUUCUAAACGAUAAAAGAAAAAUGUAUUUAUUCUUAACUUUAGAUUUUAUGUUUAUUUAAUUUAUAUUUCAUAAAUUAUACAUAAUACACAGUUUUUAGAACGGUAGGUUAAGUCUUGGGAGGUAAUAAUAUUUUAUAAUUUACGGUCGAGUUAUUGCGGUAAUAUUACCACAUUGGUGAAUGGAAAAUUAGUCUAUGCGAUAUUACCUAUCCACUUGUGUACCCGUGAAUAACUAAUUGGUUGUUGAACAUAGAAAUGUGCAUGCUGAGUGAGGAUAUCCACGACUAUUACUACGUAUCACAGGGAAAAACUACUAUCCCCGGUAUGGAUGACGGAGAAGAAUUCCAAUUGACCGACGUAAGAGCCCAUAAAACGAUCUUACUCAUCAUGUAACUUCCUUCAAUAUUCCUUGUCCGUAUAUUCACCUCCACGCAACUGGUAUUCAUCGUAAUGAUGGACGUCUUAGCCAACGUAGAAUCGUAGAAGCGUUAUUUUUUUUUUUUUUUUUUUAAUUUUUUUUUAGAAAAUCUACGAUUUUUCAAUGUAAAUAAACUAGCCGUACAUUACACAACUAGUACAGGCGCAUAAUAUUGUUUUUAUACAGUAUGACUAUAGGUUGUCAUCAUCUACAUUAUAAAUUGAUGGCCAACAGUCUCAAACCGACAAAAGUGUGAUUUUUUUUCUAAUAUAUAAGUGUACAUUAUAAUAUACAAAUCGAUAAACGAUUUUACGACAGUAGCUAUUUAUAGCUCUAGUCUUGUAAAUACCUAUUUUAUUUUAUUUUUAACAUUAGAAUCUAGUUUUUAAGUAACGUAUCGCAGUGUAUGUGGUUGCGAAUAUGAAUCAUUUUUAACUAGUUCUGUAAAUGGUUUUUAAUUAUUGUUUUUAUAUUUUAAUUGACAUUCGCAUUAAAAAAAAAAAACCUCUUACGUUACUGUUUAAAAAUGGUGAUUAUUUGAUUAAAUUAUUAUCACAAUGUGUUAUUUAUUAUAUUUGCAUGAUUGAGUAUAUGUAUUCCAGAAGUCUUACGUUUUCAUUUUAAUUUUUCUUUUAUCUAUUUUAGUCGAACUGUUAUAAAAUGUGUUCAACAUCAUAAAUAACUCUAUAAAUUUAAUUUUUUUUUAACGUUUAUUAUCUACUUCUGGAAUUCGUUGUAUUUUAUGUAGUAAAAAUAGUAUUGAUUUGAACCCAGAUGUGUUUAGUAAAUGAGAUAUAUUAUAGACUACAUUAUAUAUCGAUUUUACUCGUUAAACCCAACGCAUGACAAAUGGGGUUUGUUUUUUUAACCAGAAAUGUGUCUCCUGUCCAACAAUGUAAACGAUUACCAUUUCGUCAGCCAAGGAAAGACUAGUAUACCUGGUGUAGAUGACGGAGAAGAGUUCAAAAUUACUGAUGUAAGUCUUCUCCCCUCUCUACUCCUUCGGUCGGUUGAGUAUGCUCAUUCCAUCUCAUAAUCAAAGAUCAAACAUUUUAAAUGUUUAUAAAUAAAAACUUAUCACCAACGUGAAAAUUAAUUAAAUGAGCAUUCCAAACGAAUAUCCUUUCUAAUCUCUCCUACCGUCAAUGUGUAAUCUUUGAAUACCAAGCGGCUUAAUAUUGUUUUGGCUAAACUAUAUAUUUAUCGACUAUCAGCGGUGUACCUAUACCUACCUACUUACCUAUUUGUAAUAAAACUCAAGUCAAUCGCAAACUCAUAAAACUUGGAAAGUUCACGAUUUAUACUAGUAUAUCAUAAUCAUUUUUUUGUAUUUGUUUUCGACCUGUAUAAUGGUUUUGUGAUAAUAAUAACUGUUUUUAUGCACCUUAUUGCACGCAGAAAUGACUUUUUUGAGUAAUCGUAUCGCAGACUAUCAUUACAUUAGCCAAGGUAAAACUCGAAUACCCGGAGUAAAUGACGGCGAAGAAUUUCUAGUAACUGAUGUAAGUGUGACUGCGUAGGCGCUUUAAAAUCUCAUGAUAAAAUCUCAUGCUUAAAAUAUACAUUAUGCAAUCAGGAACAAUUCACGUGCAUAACCGAGCCGAUAAAAUGCGAUUUAGGUUUACAGGGAAAAUAAAAAAUAAUUAAUAGGUACUGUGUUUAGAACCGUAAAUGAUAAUAAUAAUAAAGGUAUUAAUCUUAUAUUUUAGAUGUUAUUGUCAUUGUUAUUUUUGUUUCGUAUUAUUAGUGUAGCUAAAUUUGGCAUCAUGCUUGUACUGUUCAAAAUUAUUUAUGUUAUUGUGUAUGUUGCGUAUAAUAGUAUUAUGCAAAACUCAAAAAUGAUAUUUGUCGUAAAAGUUGUCUAAGUGAAAUCUGCUUUGAUAUAAUAAUUAAAUCUGUAUAUGUAUAUAUAAAUGUAUAUACACACACAUAUAUAUAUAUAUAUGAAAAAAAGUAUUUGUUAUUCAAAAUUUAAUCGAUUUUCGACAAAUAUGAUUGGAGUACCAGUACUAUUAAUGUUGAUUUAUUUGUCUAUGUUAUGUAAUAUUAUAUUGUAUUAUGAGUAUCAAAUAAUUACAUUGUAUUAAUAAUAAUAUAUGUAUUUUACUUGCUUAACUGAAAUCGCUUGCUUUGGCAGAAAUGUGUAUGUUAUCUAACAACAUCUAUGAUUACCACAAUUGUUCGCAAGGAAAAACCACUAUUCCUGGAAUGGACGACGGAGAGGAAUUUCAACUUACCGAUGUGAGUCCAAUUCCUAAAAAAUUAUAUCAUAUUAUAUCUAAUAUGUACUAUUUUACUAUAUAAAAUAAAAAAUGUUGGAAAUCGGGAGAACUUCAUAAUUUUUUGCCAUAUUGCAAAGUGAUCAGUUUCAUACAUAUUUUUAUUAUUAUCGGGUAGCUUUCAUUGCUUAGCUUAUUUUAACAACUACAUUUCAUUUCGAAUCAUUACUUUAUUAGUUGAUAAAUUAUUUUCUAUUAUGUCACUUUUAAUAAGAUACAAUUUUUUUUUUUUUCAUUUUUCUAAGCUCCUCACUUUUAUUUUGUAUUUUGAUUGAGUGAGGGUAAGUUUACAUUGUAUACCUACAUUAUUUUUUUUAUGUAACUAUUUUAUAAGCUUUUGUGUAUCCUUGCUAAGGUUUUUGUAUUUUGCUUCUUGAUUAUUCUAGCCUUUUAUCGACUUGGAAUACAAUUUGCUUUUUGACUCAAGUCUAAGACAUCCUCCAACGUUUUCCUUUUUCCUAUUUAUAUAUAUAUAUAUAUAUAUUUUUUUUUUUUAAGAUACAAGAAAAAUUAGUACUUAAAUUUCAUUAUAUAUAUUUUUCUGUAUCAUAUUAACAUUUUUUUUUUUUUUAAGUAUCUCAAUAAAAGUGAUACUACUAAUCUUGAAUUAUUUAUUACUUUACUGAUUUGUAAUAAUAACUCGAUUUUUCUCUAAAAUAACAGCAAGCUUUCGAUGUGCUCGGAUUUACCGAAGAAGAAAAGAACGACAUUUACAAGAUUACCGCCUCUGUUAUGCACAUGGGUGGUAUGAAAUUCAAACAACGUGGUCGUGAGGAACAGGCUGAAGCCGACGGCACAGAAGUAAUAACGACUCACUAUAUUUUUUUUAUAGAUAAUUUUAUAUUAACGUAUUAACAUAACGUAUAUUUAAUUUUCUACUAAUAGGAAGGUGCACGUGUCGCAAAACUGUUGGGAAUUGACUGCGAUGAAUUGUACAAAAACUUAUUGAAACCCAGAAUCAAAGUAGGAAACGAGUUCGUCACACAAGGUCGUAACAAGGAUCAAGUAAGUGUACCUUUAUUUUAGUAGUUAUAUUAUAUUGAUUAAUUUUGUUGAACUGUUAAAACAAAUGCUUAAUAAUCUAUAUUACCUGUAUAGGUCGCAUACUCCGUAGGUGCUAUGUCUAAGGGUAUGUUUGACAGACUUUUCAAAUUCAUGGUAAAAAAAUGUAACGAAACUUUGGACACACAACAAAAACGUCAACAUUUCAUUGGUGUAUUGGAUAUUGCUGGUUUUGAAAUUUUCGACGUGAGUAUACUAAGUAUUAUGUUUGAAUCGUAUUACAGAUUAAAAUAUUACAGUAGUCCUCUACUGUAAAUCGUAAUGCAAUAUUCAAACUUUAUACUUAUCUAAUUUAGAUAUAAAAUGUGAAAUUAUUAUUUAAAUCUCCUAAAUAUCGCGUAUUAUUGAAGAACAUAUUAUAAACCAAUUAUUAUCGUCUAGAUACAUUUUAUUGAUUAACACGUCCAGAGAUAUUUUUAUUCAAUAUUCAAUUUCUCUUUUUAGAAGGUACCACGGACAAAAGUUUUUCUAUUUUGAUAUUCUUUAAUUUUUCUUUGAAAUCAUAACCAUCAUUUUAAAUUAAUAUAAAUUGUACAAUUUCCCAUACUAUUAAAUACUAUUCUAUUUAUUGGAGAUACAUAAAAAUGCUACCGAAUGAUUAUGAAAAAAAUUGAAAAGAAAACACCAUACAAGUAGUCGUGAAGUCAUAUUAAUAAAUUGACUUAAUAUUUUAUAUAACAUUUUAAAUUCUGAAUUUGAUAUGAACACAGUAUAACGGUUUCGAGCAAUUGUGUAUUAACUUCACCAACGAAAGGCUACAACAGUUCUUCAACCAUCACAUGUUUGUGUUGGAACAAGAAGAAUAUAAAAAAGAGGGUAUCAACUGGGCUUUCAUUGAUUUCGGAAUGGAUUUGUUAGCUUGUAUCGACUUGAUUGAAAAGGUACUUCGUUAUAAUCCGGAAGCGUGUUUUUUAUGCAUUUUUGUUUGACUCCCAAUCCUAGAUUGAACCCCUGGAAUUUUAGUUAUCAGUCAAUUUUCAAUGAGAACAUAUUUCGGAAAUGUUGGUAAGAUUUAUAACUAUAAUAUUGAACCCUAUACUAUAACUUAUUAUAGAUUAUUAAUCCUUUAUUACGAAUCGACAAAGUCUAUAUAAAUAAUGUUAAAAAAAAACCUUUAUUAUCCUGUAUAAUACGACCUGUACGACCAUAAUUUUUAGUACCAUAAUUACUAUACCAACCCAGCCACUAGUAAAAAACUGAAUAUUGUCUAACAGUCAUAUUAUUUCGAUACCAUAAUAUAAUAAAAUAUUCUUCCCUACCAGUUUAACAUAACUUACGUAUCAUAUCCAUUUAACAUGUUUAUUGUUUGCUAUACCUAUAAUUAAAGUACAACGGUUUCGAGCAACUUUGCAUCAACUUCACCAACGAAAAGUUACAACAGUUUUUCAACCAUCACAUGUUUGUACUUGAACAAGAAGAGUACCAACGUGAGGGUAUUGAAUGGGCUUUUAUCGAUUUCGGAAUGGACUUAGCCGCCUGUAUUGAACUUAUUGAAAAGGUAACCAGUAUUGGAGCAGGCGGUUGAGUGUUUUUAGAGUUUUUAGACAGUUGAAAGUAAUAAUUAGAUCGAUCCUCAAUUUGACAAACGAGGAAGUUGUAUACAUUUAAGUAUUUUAGUUGUUUUCCCAAACGUGCUAUGAAAGACACGUCGAGUUAAUGUAUAAUCAUAGUUUUAGAAAAUUGUUGUUUUUUUAGUACUUAUACUUAAUGCAUGAUAACUGUAUUUGCUUGUUUUUUCCUAUUCGUUUACAUCAUUUAGUUCAAUGGGUUCGAACAACUUUGCAUUAAUUUCACCAACGAAAAACUACAACAGUUUUUCAACCAUCACAUGUUUGUAUUAGAACAAGAAGAAUACAAACGUGAAGGUAUCGAAUGGACAUUUAUUGACUUUGGAAUGGAUUUGCAGCAAUGCAUUGAUCUCAUUGAAAAGGUUUGUAUGAACAAAUGUAGAUAUACAAAUUCAUGUUAUAUCUAAAAAAAAAAUCAUCAAGAAAGCAUAGUUGAUAAAAACAAACAAUUAUCACUGAAUAAAUGAACACUUCAAGAUAUGAAUUAUCGGCUAUCAGAAUGUAUGUACUUAUUUAAUAAUCAGAAAUGUUGACAUUCUGAUUAGUCCAAGUAUGGACAAAUAUUUGUAGUUUAGAGUUUUGGCAUGUUUUUUUUUUUUAUCCACACUAAUUGUACAACACAAGACACGGUACAAUUAUAUUUGUAUGCAAGAUUUUUCAAAAUUUACAUAAUAACGUAUUAAAACGCAUUUAAAUGACUUUAUAAUUAUUAUAAUUCAUUUAUUUUUUAUAUUCCACAAAAGCGAAUUACACUUUUUUUUUCUUAUCGUAAAUUGGUGGCUAGAAAAAGUCUAAGACAAAAGUAAUGUAUAAACUUUCCAUCUGUACACAUAAUAAUUUAUUUAAUUAUUUUCAUACUAUAUUCGUAAUAAACUUUUGUGAAAUGACAAUGUAAAAUUUUAAGAUUUACCUAUUCAAGUCGUUUUAAUGCGUAUCUAUACGUUAGAACCCAAUUUUUAUAUUAGGUGUCUAAUUAGUAUAUUUUAAUUUAUACCAUUUAGCCCAUGGGUAUCUUAUCAAUUCUUGAAGAAGAAUCUAUGUUCCCAAAAGCCACGGACAAGACAUUUGAGGAUAAGUUAAACGCCAAUCACUUGGGAAAAUCACCCAACUUCAGAAAGCCAGCUCCAGCUAAACCAGGUUGCCAACAAGGACAUUUCGCUCUUGCCCAUUACGCCGGUGUGGUAAGUCUUCAGUUUUUUUCGUGAAAUAUAUAUAUAUAUAUAUAUAUAUUUGUUUAUUAUACAUUCACGCAAAAAUUCGAAAUCUGAAAUCUUCUAUCCGUACUAAAACCGUAUUAUCAAUAUUUUUUUAGGUAUCGUACAACAUCACCGGUUGGUUGGAAAAGAACAAGGAUCCGUUGAACGACACUGUCGUUGACCAAUACAAAAAAGGAUCCAACAAAUUGUUGGUGGAAAUCUUCGCCGACCAUCCAGGUCAAUCUGGUGGUGCCGCUGAUGCCGGUGGCAAAGGUAACAUUUUUUUUUCUAAUUAUUUAAAUCUUGAUAUUAAAUUACCCAUAUAAAUAAUAUUGUAAACACAUUACAUUAUAUUACUCAUACUACAAUAUGUUUAAUCAGAACUACAGAACACGGACAUUUUACAAAAUUACAUGAAUGUGGUGGUAGCUAAAAUGGGAAUUAUUCCUAAUGUAAAAAAAUAUAGGUAUACAAAAUUACAAAACUCUAAUACGGUCGAACAUACUCGUAUAUAUUACCUAUAUUAACUAUUGAUAAUUUUAAUCAGUGUUUCAUCAUAUUUUUUUUUAAGUUUUUAUUACUUUACAUUAAUUUUUUAUGAUACCCAUCGAAUUCGAGAUCAUUGUUAAAAACAAUCAUAUCCGCAUAUAAUAUCAAUGUUAACUUAAUAUCAUUAUGGAUUUUAUACAAUGCAGGUGGUAAACGUACAAAAGGUUCAGCUUUCAUGACAGUAUCUACAUUACACAGGGUAAUUUUACCAAACUGUUACACAAAAACAUGUUGUGUUUUUAAUUUUUUUUUUUUUUGUGAGAUCGUAAAACUGCUUUGCAAUAAAUUAUUACAUUGUUAUAUGAUUUACAAUAAUAAUAUUACUCUUCGUAUACACCGUUAUGAUAUCUUCCGUCUUCUAUUUUGUAACGUUGUCUUUAACAUUAAACCACACAAUAUAUAUAUACAUUUACAUAAAUGAUAUCUGAACAAAACACAAAUUUACCGUUAUAAUAAACAUUAGACACUUAUACAUUUAAUAUCACUGUCGAUACUAUUAUUGUCAAAUUUUAAAAUAUUAAAUUUGUGCAAAUAAACAGGAGGUCGUGGAAAGAAGGGUGGUGGUUUCGCCACUGUGUCAUCGUCCUAUAAGGUAUAUCGUCAAAAAUAAUUAAACCGGUCUUGAUUUUUUUUUUUUUUUUUGUGCAUUCCUCAAAAUAGAAAUAUAAUAUUAAAUCAUUGUUUUACGACCUUUAGAUAGUAGUAUAAUAUUACCUAUUAUGUCAUUAUUUCAGACAUAAACUAAAUCGUAGAAUUAUUAAUAUAUACCUACUUGUUUAAUUUAUUUAGAAAAUACGAAAAUACCGCAUGGAACGGAUUUUUUUCAAAUGCGUUAUAUUAUGUUUACACUUUUAAAAUAUUAAAAUAUGUAGUAAAAAAAUUAGAUAGAUAAUUGCGUAAAAAAGAUUAUUUUUUUUUUUGCAUUUUUUACGUUGCUAUUAACCAAGAAAAAAUUACCGUACUUCUUCUAAUAGAUACACAUAACGUAUUAAUUACUAUAUUUAAUAAUACUAUAUUAUCGUUUAAUUUCUAAUAACUUUAUACAGUUUAUAACAUAUAUUCGUAUGAUUUUUUCGUUGUUUUAUGAUUAUUAAACUUUAUAAUUAUAAGUUAUAACAUUACCGUUUUUAUAAUAUAAUUUUCAUAAGCAAUAAUAACAAAAUACCAUGUCGUCUUUUUGUUUUCUUUGCUUGUUGUUUUACAUAAUAUACCUAAAUAUAUUUUUUUUAAAUCGGUUUUUAUAAUAUUUUUGUUGUGUACAUCGUAUAGGAACAAUUGAACAACUUGAUGACAACAUUGAAGAGUACUCAACCUCAUUUCGUACGUUGUAUCAUUCCCAAUGAAAUGAAACAGCCUGGUAAGUUAAUUCCUUUUAACAAUACGUCUUUUACCGAAAAUAUCACAUUAUAAUUUAACUGCCUAUAUUGGUUGAUACUACUUAUUCGUCAAUUUUUUCUAUCCUCAGGUGUAAUUGACUCUCAUUUGGUUAUGCACCAGUUGACAUGUAACGGUGUACUUGAAGGUAUCCGUAUUUGCCGUAAAGGUUUCCCCAACAGAAUGGUAUACCCAGAUUUCAAAUUGCGGUAAGCAUCAAUGUUUAAUGAAAACUAUUUAUUAUAAUUCAAACAUUAAAAAUAUCAAAAUAUUUUAAAUAUCUCUAAUUCAGUAUCAUGUUUUUAUAAAAUAGUUUAAAUCCUAAAUAGUCAAUAUAGCUAUAGGUACAUAAAACCAACGUUAGACAUUUUAAUUAAAUUUUUUUUUACUUUUUAUUAUUUGGGAUGUACCUACCAAAUUAUAUGUUAUUAAAAAAAAAAAAAACAAUUAUCGAUUAGCUAACUAAUUUUGAAUUUUAUUUGAUAAAAAGAUACAUGAUCUUAGCGCCCGCAACUAUGGCGGCUGAACCCGACCCUAAAACAUCAGCGGCUAAAUGUCUUCAAGAAAUUCAAUUAGAUCCGGAAAGUUAUCGUAUCGGGCACACAAAGGCUAGUUUUCGAAAACUAUCGAUAUUUUCCAUUAGAAUUCCCAAAUUUAAUUUAGAUAUACCUACCCCUUGAUGAGUGAACCCUUUUUUUAUUAUUAUUAUUGAUUAAUAAUUAUUGGCAUGUAGCGCGACCGAACCCUACCCCAGCAUCCUAUAACACACACCCGAUCUAAUAAGCGUCAAUAAUUCCACAAAGGUAUUGUCAUCGAUUAUACAAUGCAAAUUUAACAUACCUAAAAUUGUAAUACUUAAAUGUUUAUUUAUUAUUAUUUUUUUUUUUUAUUAAUUUUUCGUUAUUACUAUAUUAAUUGUCAUUUAAAUCAAUAAACAAAUCAAUAGAUACAAGAUAUUAGCUCCUGCUGCGGCGGAAAGGGAGUCUGAUCUAAAGAAAUGCGCUGGCGCUAUUUUGGAAAACGCCGGGUUGGAUCCAGAUAAAUACAGGCUUGGCCACACUAAGGCAUGUUAAAAAAAAAAAAAAAAAAACUGAUUAGGAUAUUUGAUUGUAUGCGAAAAUCUUAAUUUAUGCGAUUUUGCUUAAUUAUACAAAACACAUUGCGACGUUUUGCUGAACAUUUUCGCUACAAUCUAAACCGUGGGCUCUGGGUUUUAAUUUUACACUACAGUCAUUGUAUAAACACGCAUACAAAGUUGUUGAUAAUCAACUCCAAUGACGCUCGCCGACGUUUUACUAAUAUUAACGUUGUAGAUACAGCAUGCGCCCGUUUAGCCAUUAGUAUACAUUGAUUUAUAGUAUUAAAUUACAGUAUUUAUAUAGUAGUAUAGUAUACCUAAUGCGUAGUCUAGUGUAAUUAUGAUAAUUAAAUAAACCUACAAAUAAGUAGACAAUUAUAUCCUGUUCCUGUACACGCACGUAUAUAGACGUUUUGUAGACGUAAAAUAUUAUAUUUGCAAUGCAAUGCAAACCGAAUUGAAAACCAUUUUGUUUUAUCCUUGCUUGUUUUUGGUUUUUUCAUGUUCUACCGCUUAUUUAAAAACAAACAAACAAAAUAAAAAAAAAAAAAAAAAACCUCGUAUCACGCCACAAAAGGUACAAAGUACUGUAUCCGAAAGGUGUGAAAGACACAAUGUCGCCUACAGAAGCGACAAAAGCAAUUUUGGAAGGAAUUGAACUCGACCCAGAACAAUACCGGUUGGGUAACACGAAGGUAUAUUUUCGGGACAAUAUCAAUUUAAUUAACGGCAUUAUUAAUUGUAUAUGAGUUCGCGUAAUAAUAUUCACAGUGGCGUAAUUUUGAUUAAACAUCGGAUGAGAUAUUUUAUCCGCGCAUUGUACUCGAUAACGUUACUCUUGUUCGUCGUAUCCUAAUAUUAUUAUUUAUUUAUUUACAGUAAACAAACACUUACUGCUAACACGCAUUUAUUCGAGGAUAAUUUAAAAUGUAUCGAAUUUCUUACAUUUCGAACGAAUCACAAACUACAGUUAUAUACUUACGAUAAAUUAUGAUAAAUCCGUACGGUCUUAUAAUCCCGAAUUACGUCAUUAUAAUCGACUAACAGGUUAAGAAAUAUACGUUUGUUCAUUUCGUAUAACCUAAUAUGUAGGUCGUGGUCAAUGUCCAAUAUUUUUAGAACGUUUCGUUUCGUAUGCAUUUUCGUGUGUAUUUCCUAAUAAAUAAUACUGUGAAUGUCAUUGUUAUAUAUUUAUUGAUUAAUAGCGAUUUAAAUACGACUUAAAUUAUUAUUAUUAUUUUUUUUUUCUUUAAAAUACCUAAGUAUUAGCCGAGGACGGGUGUAAUGAAUUGUAUAAUAUGAAGAAAAAUCAUCACAUGCGAGAAAUGCACACAUAUUAUAUUACACUGUCGUAACACUAAUAGUUAUUUGCUUUUUGUUUGUUUUUUACGGCUUUACAUUUUUCUGUAUUUACCCGAUACACUACAUAAUUCACAAAAUGAAGUUUUUUAUUUUUUUAAUAAAACGAUAUUUUUCGAUUUUUUUUUUUUUAACGAUGAAAAACUUUGUUGCAAAAACAAAUUACCAUUUCUCAUAAUAAUAAUAUAUCUAUCAAGGUAUUUUAAACAUUUAUCACGUGAUAAACGUUUAAAAUAGUGAAAAAUUCUAUAACACAUAUUCUUAUAUUUUGUAAUUUAAUUUAACUUUAAAUAUUUGGUGAAAGAAAUGUACACUUCAUUUUAUGUUUUAAUGUGCUCCAGUUUGACUAUUAUAUUACAUUUCGUUUGAAAUACUCGUUCAGCACUACCUUAUGGUAAUAAUAUAUAUAAAUCUAACUUUACUUUUUUUGGGUUUUGGGCGGAUAAUAUAGGUAUUCUUCCGUGCUGGAGUAUUAGGUCAGAUGGAAGAAUUACGUGACGAUCGUCUGAGCAAAAUCAUUGGAUGGUUGCAAUCAUACAUCCGUGGUUACAUUGCCAGGAAAGAAUUCAAGAAGUUGCAAGACCAGAGGUAAGACCAAUACUACUAUUAAUGAAAUGUAAAAACCGAGAGAUGGACUAGGUAUUAGAUAUUAUUUUUUUAACACUAAGAGUUUUAUUUAACGUAAAUAUUAUUGAAUACUAUAUUAUGAAUGUCGGUUGUUUUGUCGCAAAUUGUCAUUAUACGUAUAAUAUUACACUAUUUUCGUUCCCGAUUCGAAAAACGUUGCUAUAUAUAAUUUUCUUAAUACUGGAAAACUCAAAUACUUAUACGGAAUACUAGAAUAUCACACGAUCAUAUAAACUCAAUAUUCACAAUAUCAUAUUAUACACUUAGAUACAUUUUGUAUUGUAUUUUUCCGCUAUAUUAAACACAAUAAAACAAAAUUAAAAAAUAUCAGAGACAUGAACGUAAUCGUGGUAUCGCAAAACGUUUUCCUAAUAUGGUUUUAUUUUCGGACAGAUUGGCUUUGUUGGUUAUCCAGAGGAGCUUGAGAAAGUACAUGAAAUUGAGGUCGUGGCCAUGGUGGAAGAUGUGGACUCGUGUCAAGCCAUUGCUCAACGUGGCUAACAUUGAAGACGAAUUAAGGGUAAAUAACGAAUUAUUAAUAAUUAUAUAUACGAAAAGAAAGCAAUUUCUACGUUAUCCUUUUCUAACAAAUUCGAAUAUAUUUCAAUAAAUUGGGCAUAACGGGUUAUUUUCUUUAAAUAAAAUAUACGCGUUAUGGUUUAAUGUAGUACGAUAUAACAUUAUUACCAAUAUCCUAACGAUUUAAAAAUAAGUAUCGUUUUACUAUUUAAAAAUAAAAAAAAAAUCGCUUACCUAAACAUGUCAUUAUAUUUCACUCUAGGAAAUACAUCAUAAAAAUUUGUUAAAAAUAAUAAAUAAAAUUCCAAAAAUCACAUUCUUAUAAAUAUUUGUAUAAUUAAUAUUUAUUAUUAUAUAAUUUUACGAAAAAUAUGAUUUAUGUUAGCCUUAAUUUUAUAUUUGUCAACGUAACAAGAAUUAAUGAUAUCAAAUUCCUGCAAAUAAUAAUUUAAUUCAUUGGUGAUAUUAAAUUUAAAAAAAAAAAAAUACCUAAAUAAAACAGAUCAAUUUUUAAAAAAGUGACUAAUGUUUCUAUUUUUAAUUUUUGUUUAAUCUAUAUUGUUUUAUAAAAAAGAACAUGUAACAUACACCAACAUGGUCCGUUUUGAAAACGAACGUGUUUAUAAUAUCUUUCAUUUAAAUAUAGAUUUUUUUUUUGUGAAUUUAUUUGUUUAAAACAAAUAAAUUUCUCGAAUAUGCGGGUGUAAAAACAUUGUGUUUUUAUAUUUUUAGUAUUUCAUAUUUAUAUCAAAAAAAUCUUAAAAGUUUUAAAAUAAUCAUUAAUCUAUUCCUAGAAUAACAAUUUUCACCACUUUAUACUAUUAUUAUAAUAUUACAUAUAAUUUAUAUAAAUAUCACCACCCAUGUUGCAUCUAAAUAUGCACACACCGUAGACCCCCACCCAAUAUAUUCUCGCGUUACUGGUCCACCCACAAUCCAUAUAGCAUCUCUCUUCGGAAUCAUCGAACCACUUAUACGUUAGACACAUCACUUGCCUUCCUGAGUGCUAGCCUACAACCACUAACAAUUAAUAAGUGCCGCCAUCAUGGAGCUACUAAAAGAUUUGGAAAAUAAUAAACAGAGAUUGGAAGAAGAAGUUGAAAAAAUGACUACUGCGUUCGAACGUGAAGAAAAACUUCGCAAAGAACUGGAAGCGCUCAACUCUAAACUGUUAGCCGAGAAGACACAACUGCUUCAAUCGUUGGAAGGCGAAAAGGGAAGCGCAUCCAGCAUCCAAGAAAGGGCAGCUAAGUUGGCGGCACAAAAGAGCGAUUUGGAAUCUCAACUUUCGGUAAGUGUUUCAAUAUUAUUUUAUCAUAUAAUAUUCAAGUGUUUAAACGAUAACUAGAUACUUUUUAUACAUUAAAUGCAAUUGGUUUAAAUUAAAUCAAUUAUACAACCAAUGAUUAGAUAGCUUGCUUCGACUAUAUCAGUACGGAUAGAAAUAAAAUGUGUAGGUACUUAAAUUUAAACAUUUCAUAUUUUUUUAUUAACUGUUGGAAAUAUAACGUAACCUAUUCAAAUAAUUAUUAGGUAUUUUCAAAGUGCAUACGAAUUUAAAAACUUUUAAAAAUACAAAGUAAAAAUAAUAAUCUUGUUUUUAUAAUAAUAAGUUUAAAUGUGUAGUUUAAAUCAAUAAACUGAAAUAAUGCGAUUUGUUUAAUAUUCAAUAUUAUGCACACCAUAUUUUGCUUAAAAUUUUACAUUUUUCAAGUUUUAUUAAAACUCCAAUUUGUAUUACAUAUUUUGUGAAGUAUUUUAACUCGAAAAAAAAUGUUCAAAACUUCUAUCAGCUGCAGGACAUUACUAGGGAUGUAGGUAUUGAAAAUAAAUCUAACACACAUUAAAUUUACACAAAAAAAGACAGAAAAACCAUUCUCGUACUUAUUUAGUAUAAUUUAAAACUUAAAACUCAACAAAAUAAAAAUACGUAUGACUAAGUCCUGGAAUAGUAUCCGAUAACGGGUAUUAUAAUAUCCUCUUAGUGUACAAGAUUUCUAGCUUUAAAUAACCCAUAAUGAUUUUACUAUACAUUUUUUACACAUUACUAAAAAUGUUAUAUUUAUCACCCUUGAAUAGUUUCAUGCGACACAUAUUAAGCGGCGUGAAAUAAUAUCCAUGAGAUUCAUGUCGUCCAGCGGGCUAUUUUAAAAUUCAAUGAAUAAUCCUAGUUCCAACGCCUCCGUGAUGUAAUAUUAGUUAUAUUACUGUAGAACAUUAGAUUUCCUUCUCCCUCUUUUUUUUUUUUUUUUUAAUAAAAUAGUUUGCGUAUAACAUGUUGGAAAAAUUCGCUGGCAACGAAAAGACCAAUAAAUCGUGACAUAGGGGACCCAACGACAACACGUGCCCACACGCACUGCACCUGGAAAUAGAAAAUUUAAAAAAUAUUUUCUAUGUAUAUAAAUGUAAUUUAUUGCAUUUUAUUUAUAUUUUAAUAUAUAAUACGAGUACAAGUAUGUGAAUUUCUAGAUUUCUAAAAAAAUUUAGCGUUCACUCGGUGUGAUCUAUUUCUGUAUAGCCUACAGAAGAUUAUUCGAGCGUGUAAAAUGCAUAACGUACGAGCGAAUACAAUAUCUGUAUGAUAUUUUGUUUCAAAAUAAAAAUAGAAACACAACUCAAUCGGUAUUCGGCUCGAUGUUUAUUUUCAAAUAACCGAUGUUAAGUCACACUUACAUUUUUGUAUAAAUAUAUUGUUAUUUAUAUUAUUAGCAUUAUUAGUAGUUUUUUUUACAUGUUGAAAAAAGUAAAUAUAUAAUUUGUUUACAUUGGUAAAUAUAGUCGACUCUCUAGAGCGGAGUAGAGUUGAGUACGUACUUCUAAGUACUAUAUAAUACAGGGGGAAUUGAAUUUCAUUGCAAUGUUGACACCAAGUAUUCAGUAAAUAUCUACGUUUACGAUUUAAUAUUUUAUCGUUUUACAUAAAUUAGUAACAUUUCAACAUUUAAAUCAACUACAUAGUUUAUUCUCAUAAUUUAAAAUAAUUAUUUAUAACAGGAAUAUCAAACGACUAAUUACAAUCUAAAAAAAAAAAUGUUUCAGAUGUAUAUCAUUAAAACAUUAUACAUUUAUAGAUUUCGUAAUCUGAUUUCAUCGUUAUUUUAGUAAAAAUGCCAACUCACCGACCUCUAUAGAUCUGUUGAAAAUAUUCCCGAAAUAAAUGAUUAAAACAAACUCAUCGCUUCGCUUGUUGGGUCGUUAUCAAAACAUCUGGAUAACAUUAACUUAUGUGUAAACGGCAUUCAUAGGAUAAAAUUCGUUAAGAUUUAUUUCAUUAACCUGUUUUAAUAUCGAAAUAAUUUUUACCCACGUAAUUUUGACACGCACCAAUGACUAGGUACUCGAAUUAUUAGUAUUAUAUUAGGUAUUUUAAUUUUAACGUGAUUUGGCAGACAUUCAAUCGAAUAUUACAAGUUUACUUCACUUUGAUAUUUAAAAAAUAAAAUUGUAAAUCUUGUUUACACGCCAAUGAAAAUUGCUAAUUUUAAGUUAUCGUGAAUAUAUACUUCGGUUAUUAUAAAAUAGGUAUUCUGACAUUUUCGAAUCAUUCAUGAUAUACUUGAACAUUAUACAGUUCUCAUUUUGUAAUAUUAUAAUUUUAGGAAACCCAAGAGAGGUUAACGAACGAAGAAGAUGCUCGCAACCAAUUGUUCCAACAGAAAAAGAAAAUAGAACAAGAGAACGCUGGACUCAAAAAGGAUGUCGAAGAUUUGGAAUUGGCCAUUCAGAAAUCCGAUCAAGACAAAGCAUCCAAAGACCACCAAAUUCGCAACUUGAACGAUGAAAUCGCCCAUCAAGACGAACUCAUCAACAAAUUGAACAAAGAAAAGAAAUUGUCUGGUGAAACCGCCCAGAAAACUGCCGAAGAAUUACAGGUUAUUAUAAAAAACUUUAUUAUACACUCAAGGUUUUCAGAUAUAUUUAUUGGUAAUCCAUUUAAUUAAAUAUUUAAUAUCAAAUUAUAGGCGGCCGAAGACAAAAUCAACCAUCUUAACAAAGUUAAGAACAAGUUGGAACAAACUUUGGAUGAAUUGGAAGAUUCAUUAGAGCGUGAAAAGAAACUGAGAGGUGAUAUUGAAAAGGGUAAGAGGAAGACCGAAGGAGACUUGAAACUUACCCAAGAAGCAGUUUCUGAUUUGGAACGCAACAAAAAAGAACUCGAACAAACAAUUCAAAGAAAAGACAAAGAAUUAGCUUCUUUGACUGCUAAAUUAGAAGACGAACAAGCUUUAGUUGGUAAACAACAAAAACAAAUCAAAGAACUUCAAUCAAGAAUUGAAGAACUCGAAGAAGAAGUCGAAGCCGAAAGACAAGCUCGUGCUAAGGUAAAAUAUUUUUACUUUGAAUCUGAACUAAAGUUUAUAACCAUUUUUUUCCUUUUUUGAUACUUGUAUUUAAUUAAAAUUAUACACAUUACGUUGAUCAAUAUUAGGCCGAAAAACAACGCGCGGACCUUGCUCGUGAAUUGGAAGAGUUGGGCGAACGUUUGGAAGAAGCUGGUGGUGCAACUUCCGCUCAAAUCGAGCUGAACAAAAAACGUGAAGCUGAGAUGAGCAAACUUCGUCGUGAUUUGGAAGAAUCUAACAUUCAACACGAAGCUACAUUAGCUAACUUGCGCAAGAAGCACAACGAUGCCGUUUCAGAAAUGAGUGACCAAAUCGACCAGUUGAACAAACUAAAGACUAAGUAAGUCUCGCAAAAUUAGAUUUUUAAUUUUUAAAUACUAUACCAAUAUUAAAUAACUAUUUUUAUAAUAGUUAUAGUAAAUUACUGAUUAAUUUCAAGUACUUGACAACAUUAAAUAGAUUCACAAUAGUUUAUGUUCAUCAAACAUAUUCAUUAGGAAUAAUAUUAUAUCGAAAUUAUGUUAUUUCUUCAGUUCUUAUAAUUUCUAAAUUUUGAAAAUAUAAAAAAAUAAUUUAAUUGAAGGUUUAUUGUAAGCCAUCAAUAAUAUUAUAAAGCCUUCACACUAUAUUUAAUAACUCAUGGAUUGAUAUGAAUUUUUAUGUAAAUGGUUUUUUUGUAAAAUUGAAAUUAAUGAAUAUUUUAUAAAAUCAGGGCUGAACACCAUUCGCAUUAUCUUUCCAACGACUUAAACAACACUAGAGCUGCUGUUGAUUUAAUAUCUAGAGAAAAGGUAGAAACUGCACUGAUCGUUCAGUGAUUAUAUGUUGCAUGACCAUGUUUUAAUUAUAUCUUUGUCUGUAAACCGAUGGACAGAAAUUUCAAGAGCAUGUUUACCUAUUUAUCCUAUUGAAUCUUGAUUUGUUUUUACGAAUUAUUUUACCUACACAUUAUAAUAUAGUUUAUAUAUUAAAAUUCACCACGUGGCCACAUAAAAUAUAUUAAACAGACUCGAAGUUAUUAAAAUUAAAUAAUAUGGUAUUUUAGUAUACAAUUUCACGAUAACUUAGUAUUAAAAUAAAAAUAUUGUAUUGAUUAUUAGAGCUGAAAAGGACAAAUGCCAGUUCUUGUGUGAAUUGAACGACACACGUGCCAGCUUAGACCAUAUUUCUAACGAAAAGGUUCGUUAAAAAAAAAUGUGUUGCUUUAGAAAAAAAAAAAAUCGAAAUAAUGGCAACAGUGAUGUUAAAAGCGCUUGAUUGAUAUAUUAUAUUAAAAUUGUAUUUUUUGCUCUGAUUGUAUGCAUAAUUAAAUGCUUCAGUUUUUCAGUUUUUUAAAAAUCGUUAUCAUUAGCGAGCAAACAUUAUAAAUAGAAAGAAUUCUACAAAGUUUGUGAAGGAUAACAAUGUGAUAACAUUAUGUCAUUGUCCAUUGUUUAUACUAUAUUCUUAACUUUACAAUUUGUAGAUAUCAAUGCAAAUGUGUUGUACACCCAAUUAUUACUUUAAUAUUUGUCUGUGCAAGUUAAAAUAACUAAUACAUACUAAUUGUGUUUUAAAUAUAUAUUUGUUGUUUAAUGUGUACUAAUACUCGUAAAGUGUGAUUUUUAAUAUAAUAUUGAGUUUGAAUAUUACGUACAAUACAUAACAAAAUACGUUUGAUCAAAUUAUAACUUUAUUUGAUUUGAUUUUAUAAUCAGGCCCAGACUGAAAAGAUCUAUAAACAAGUCCAACACCAAUUGAACGAAGUUCAAGGAAAACUUGACGAGACCAACCGCACAUUAAACGACUUUGACGCUGCCAAAAAGAAAUUGAGCAUUGAAAACUCAGACUUACUUCGUCAAUUAGAAGAAGCUGAAUCACAAGUCUCUCAAUUGGCCAAGAUUAAGAUUUCCCUAACCACACAACUAGAAGACACUAAGAGAUUAGCUGACGAAGAAGGAAGGGUAAAUAUUUAAUAAAACAUAAUGCAAUAACCCUUAUAUAUUUGCUAAACUAUAAAUUUGUUUUUUUUUUGUUUUUUAAUAGGAACGCGCUACUCUUUUGGGUAAAUUCAGAAAUUUGGAACACGACAUUGACAACAUUCGUGAACAAUUGGAAGAAGAAGCUGAAGCUAAGGCUGAUAUCCAAAGACAAUUGAGCAAGGCUAACGCUGAAGUUCAAUUGUGGCGUACCAAAUACGAAUCUGAGGGUAUUGCACGCGUUGAAGAAUUAGAAGAAGCCAAGUAAGUACUUAAAUCAUUUAUAAUGGAUUUCAUAAAUUCAAAACAUAUGGAAACACAAUUGAAGAAUAUUGUUAAAACGUGUGUGUAUUAAAUAAACAAUAUUUUAUUUUAGACGUAAAUUGCAAGCUCGUCUUGCUGAAGCUGAGGAGACUAUUGAGUCACUCAACCAAAAGGUAGUAGCUUUGGAGAAAACUAAACAGCGAUUGGCCACUGAAGUUGAAGACUUACAAUUGGAAGUCGACAGAGCAACAGCGAUCGCCAAUGCUGCUGAAAAGAAGGCUAAAGCCAUUGACAAGAUCAUUGGAGAAUGGAAACUCAAGGUUGAUGACUUAGCAGCUGAAUUAGAUGCUAGCCAGAAAGAAUGCAGAAACUAUUCCACUGAACUCUUCCGUCUUAAGGGAGCCUACGAAGAAGCCCAAGAACAAUUAGAAGGAGUCAGACGUGAAAACAAAAAUCUAGCCGGUUUGUUGAUAUUUAAAUUUAAUUAAUAAUAAAUUAUAAUUAUACUAAUAAUAUUUGUAUCUAAACAGAUGAAGUCAAAGAUCUUCUUGACCAAAUUGGUGAAGGUGGCAGAAACAUCCACGAAAUUGAAAAACAACGCAAACGAUUGGAAGUUGAGAAAGAUGAACUUCAAGCUGCAUUAGAAGAAGCUGAAGCCGCUUUAGAACAAGAAGAAAACAAAGUAUUGAGGGCACAAUUAGAACUUUCUCAAGUCAGACAAGAAAUUGAUAGACGUAUCCAAGAGAAAGAAGAGGAAUUCGAAAACACCAGGUAAUUGUCAAAUUUAAAUAUUUACAUUCUUUAUUAUGCUUCAAAAACCAAAAUUUAAUCACAAAUUUAAUUACUAUCCCCUGAUACUUUAAUUAUAAUAUAUAUUUAUAAAUUUAUAAAAAUACUAAAAAGUGUGAUAAUAUUUUCGUGACAGGUUAACCACGAAAUGCUAUGUAAUGUAUCAUAUUAAAGUCUGAUAAUAUAUUUUAAAAAUCUAACCUUUUUAUUAUAAUUUCAGGAAAAACCACCAACGUGCGUUAGACUCCAUGCAAGCUAGCUUGGAAGCUGAAGCUAAGGGUAAAGCUGAGGCUCUUAGGAUGAAGAAGAAGUUGGAAGCUGAUAUCAAUGAACUUGAAAUUGCUUUGGACCAUGCUAACAAGGCUAAUGCUGAAGCACAAAAGAACAUCAAACGUUACCAACAACAAUUGAAGGACGUUCAAACAGCUCUCGAAGAAGAAUCUAGAGCUAGGGAAGAUGCCAGAGAACAGUUGGGAAUUUCUGAAAGACGAGCCAAUGCUCUUCAAAACGAACUGGAAGAAUCUAGGACCUUAUUGGAACAAGCCGACCGUGGUAGGAGACAAGUCGAACAAGAGUUGGCCGAUGCUCAUGAACAGCUCAAUGAACUCUCCGCACAAGCUACCUCUAUUUCCGCCGCCAAAAGGAAAUUGGAAGGAGAACUACAAACAUUACACGUAAUACGGUUUAUUUCUAUUUAUUUUUUUAAGAAAUUAUAAUUAUGAUAUAUUAUUUUUUUAUACAGUCUGACUUGGAUGAGUUAUUGAAUGAAGCCAAGAACUCUGAAGAAAAAGCCAAGAAAGCAAUGGUAGACGCUGCCAGACUUGCUGAUGAACUUAGAGCCGAACAAGACCACGCUCAAACACAAGAGAAACUCAGAAAAGCUCUUGAAACACAAAUCAAGGAAUUACAAGUAAUUUAUUUUUAUUUUUUUUUAAUGAAUGUACCUAAAUAAAAUGUAUCUUAAAUAGUAUAGGUAUAUUUUUUUUUAAGUUCCAAUACUAAUUAUAUUUAGAUCAUUGUUUAAAGUUUAAAUUUAUUAUGAUUAGGUGAGAUUAGAUGAAGCCGAAAACAACGCAUUGAAAGGUGGUAAGAAAGCCAUUCAAAAACUCGAACAAAGGGUACGAGAAUUGGAGAAUGAAUUGGACGGUGAACAACGCAGACACGCCGAUGCGCAAAAGAACCUAAGGAAAUCAGAACGCAGAAUCAAGGAGCUCAGCUUCCAAGGAGAUGAAGACAGAAAGAACCACGAACGCAUGCAAGAUUUAGUCGACAAACUGCAACAAAAGAUCAAGACGUACAAGAGGCAGAUCGAAGAGGCUGAAGAAAUUGCAGCACUUAACUUGGCCAAGUUCCGUAAGGCUCAACAAGAACUUGAAGAAGCUGAAGAAAGAGCUGAUCUUGCUGAACAGGCAAUCGCGAAGUUCAGAACAAAAGGCAGAUCGGGAUCCACAGCACGAGGCGGAAGCCCAAUUGUAAGUAUUAUUCGUGUACCCUUAAAAUUUAAUAUUAUUUUCUUAAGCUUAACUUUUUACACGUGACACUAGACAUGUCAUUAACAAUAAAUAACGCAGUAGAACUAGAAACCAUAAACCUAAAUAGAAAAAAAAAACAAUAAAUAUAUCAUAAAAUUGAGAUUGGUUAACAUUCGACAUUAUUGAAAGCGAUAAUACAUCUUGUGGAUGUAUUUGUCAAUAUAAUGUAAAUAAAACGUAGUAAUUCUCCCGUUUAUUUGUUCAAAUGCGUUUUAUUCGAAAAUAUCUCAAUUUUAUGACACACGUUGGUUUUGAAUAUAAGCUAAUAGAAUCAUUGUUAUUCCAGCCUCAAAAGCCACGAAAGGUGCUACCAUUGGAGUAAACCCUUGAUUCUAUCUAUUUAUUAAUUUGUAAGUCGGAUAGUCGGAUUUGUAGUUGACGAGUUACUUAAGUACUCGAUUAGUAUGUUUUUCACCGAUUUAAGCCGCACAUUUACCCAUCUGACACAGUCCAAUCCUAAUAACUAGCAUUUAAUUGUUUGAUAAUUUUGAAAUAUCAACUUUUUUUUUUUAAACCUUAACCAAAUAUCCAUUUUUUAACUACCGCAUUUAUUUAGAUCUGCGAUGUCAGUCGAUUAUUAUCUUAAAAAUAAAUUGCAUAUACAAUCGUUUAUGGAUUUUUUUGUAUGCAUGUAUAUCAACCCGAUAAACGUCAUCGCAUACGACUUGGACGUAAAAUAUUAUUGACUUUGUAUUUUUAAUUUAUGGCAAACGUUCAAAAAUGAUUUUAUUUCAAUGUUUUAUUUAAUUUUUGUUUAUUUUUAUAGGGACACAGGCCGCCCGUUAAACCACAAUUCGAUGGAUUUGCCUUCCCACCCAGAUUCGACCUCCACCCAGACGGCGAAUUCUAAACAAAAUUUAAUUUAUUUGUAAUAAAAUUUAAAAAAAAAAAUUACAAUAAUUUUAAUUUUAAUUUUUCAAAUGUAUCAUAAAACACGUACACACCAACCGGCAGCAUCAAACAUAUUAUAUUAUUAUAUUAACUGUACACCAUCAUUAUUGCGACACACCACACACCAAUACGCGGCCUGUCUGUAUUUAUUAGUGUGUAAAACAAUGUUUUAUUUAUAUGAAAACAAUUUAUCAUAAUGAUAACUGUGUUAUUCAAUGAAAAUUCUUUUAAUUUAAAAUUAAUUUUAACCCCGUUGUACAAUUCAGCUUCUUUAAUGUUUCCAAUAAAGAAUUGCUAAUUGUUAACUUAUAAAUAAUAU